ACUGGAGUGAAGAGAGCAGGACAACAAGACGACAGAGUUUGUCCCAUGGAGGAGUGUCUCACUCAUCGAAUCGGGAUGUUUGUUCUCAUCUGGGCUUCUUUGCUCUUCGCUGUGAGAAGCAACAAUGCUAAUGCAGAUCUGACCCAGAAGCCCACAGUGAUGAUUCCUCCCCUGACAGAGGGACAGCAGAGCACACUGAGCUGCAUUGCUCCUGGUCUCUGCUCUGGAUCUGUUCCAGAAAUCAGCUGGACGUGGAGAGGAGCAGGAGAGAAGGACUCUCACAUCACAGGAAACAUCACUGCUUUCAGGACUGAGAAUCUGACUGCUGUCACUCAGAGACACAGCUCAACCCUGACCUUUAACUCUUCAGCUGAACACCACGGCACCAAUGUCAGCUGUAAGGUCAGCUUCACCAACAACAUCACUACAGAGGAGACUGUCACUCUGAAUGUGGCCUAUGUGAAGGAAGUUAAAAUCACUGCGAAUACAAGUGUGAAGGAGGUUGAGACUCUGAAUCUGAGCUGUAGUGUUGAAAGUUUCCCUCCAUCUCUCAUCACCUGGACUAAACUCGGCUUGAAGAGAAUCCUGAAAAACGACACUGGAACAGCCACACUUGUCAUCCCUAACGUGACAGCAGAAUAUUUUGGACAGUACAUAUGCACAGCAAAACAUCAGAACAACACCCUGACGGAAGAAGUAAACAUAACAGUGAUAUAUGCAAAGAAACCUGUGAUCACUGGAAUGACAACCAUUAAAGAAGGUGAUGCUCUGAAUCUGACCUGCGGUGUUGAAAGUUUUCCUUCAUCUGUUAUCACGUGGACUAAACGUGGUUCCAGCAACAACCUGCAAAAAGAAACUGGAAUCAUACUGCAGAAUGACACGGGAUCAGCCACUCUUGUCAUCCUUAAUGUGACAGCAGAAUACUCUGGACAGUACAUCUGUACAGCAGAACACCAGAUCACUACCCUGACUACACAUGCUGAUGUAAUUGUUACAUAUGUGAAGGAAGUUAAAAUCACUGGGGAUACAAGUGUGAAGGAGGGUGAGACUGUGAAUCUGAGCUGUAGUGUUGAAAGUUUCCCUCCAUCUCUCAUCACCUGGACUAAACUCGGCUUGAAUGGAAUCCUGAACAAUGACACUGGAACAGCCACACUUGUCAUUCCUAACGUGACAGCAGAAUAUUUUGGACAGUACAUAUGCACAGCAAAACAUCAGAACAACACCCUGACGAAAGAAGUAAACAUAACAAUGAUAUAUGCAAAGAAACCUGUGAUCACUGGAAUGACGACCAUUAAAGAAGGUGAUGCUCUAAAUCUGACCUGCGGUGUUGAAAGUUUUCCCCCAUCUGUUAUCACGUGGACUAAACGUGGUUCCAACAACAACCUGCAAAAAGAAACUGGAAUCAUACUGCAGAAUGACACGGGAUCAGCCACUCUUGUCAUCCUUAAUGUGACAGCAGAAUAUUCUGGACAGUACAUAUGCACAGCAACACAUGAGGACAACCCCCUGACGGAAGACGUAAACAUAACCGUGAUAUAUGUGAAGAAAUCUGAAAUAACUGGAAAUACGACUGUAAAGGAGGGUGAUGCUUUGAAUCUGACCUGCAAUGUUGAAAGUGUCCCUCCGUCUCUUGUCAUCUGGACUAAAGUCCCGUCCAACCAAAACCUGAACAAUGGAGCCGAUACUCACCUGCAAAGCAACCCUGGAUCAGCCACUCUUUUCAUCCCUAAUGUGACAGCUGAACAUACUGGACAAUACAUCUGUACAACGAAAUACCUGAACACAACUCUGACUAUGCAUGCCAAAGUCACUGUGACUAUUUAUCCAAAGAUCCUAAACAGUUCUAGAUGCAUAAAUCAGUCGGAGGUUCUGACCUGUGUGUGCAUCAGUGUGGGGUUGCCUUUACCCAUCAUCACAUGGCCACUCUUGGAAAACCACACUAGGUACUCUGUCAUCACCACGGUGUCACACCACACAGUCAACAGCUCCGUCACCCUAACUGUAAAAGACCACAGCAACACUUCUAUUGAGUGUGUCAGCAGCAAUCAAAAUGGAGAAGUAAAAAGAAACCUUAUUCUGAACAAAGUACAAAAAGAAGCUCAAAACAUGAUUGUCAACGUGUUAACAAUGAUUACACGGCUGGAAAUUAUCAUUGCCUUUUUGAUUGGCGCUCUUCUUUCUGCAAUCAUUUGCUGUUUGGUGAGAAAAUGUCACAGAAGAAAACAGAGGGUCUAUGGAGAUAUGGCUGAGACUCUGGAGAUGAUGACACUAAACGGGGAUCCUCUGAUAGAUGGUGGUGAAGCAGCGGAAGAUUAUCAGGCCAUUGACCAAGUGGCAGCUGAAGAGGGCGGAGCUGAGGUGGCGGACAAAUCGGAUAUGGAGUACUCCAAGAUUGAUUUCUCCAAGAUUAAAAGAAAGACCCCAACAGUGGCAGGGACGGCACAAGGGACCACAGAGACAGAGUAUGCUGAAAUUAAAGAAUCAAAGAAAAUGAAAGAAGAAGCAGAUGAGACACAAGAGGAAGAGGGUGGAGCGGAAAUGAUAAGGGAGGGUGAAGAGACAAAACACUGUGUAUCAGAGGAUAAGGAAUGUGAGGAUGUGGUACUGUAUUCAAAUGUGCAGGAUAUAAUGAGUCAGAUUUAAGGAUAGUGUUGCUUAGUUGUUUGAUGACAAAGUUACUAAUGUAAUUUGCUCUGAUGAAAUAGCUUCUUGCUGUGUAUUAUUUUCCUGCUAUGGCACUGUGAUUUAA